UUGGGGUCGCGGCGCCUUUAAGAGGGGGGGGCUGCCCACAACAACGAUGGCGGCGGAGAGCCGGAAGUGAAGGUGUGAUGGAGCCGGAAGUGGAGAGGAGUAAAGAUGGCGGCGCCCAGGGCCCGUGCGGGCGCCGCCGCUGCGGCCUUAGCGCUGGAGGUGGCGGCGGCUCCGCCGAAGGACGUGGUUCUGUUCCGGCAUGACCGGGACCGGUUCUUCCGCCUGGCAGGGCUGUUCUGUGCGGGGCAGGCGCUGUUCUGGGGGUACCUGGCGCAUUUCGCCUUCACGGAGCUGCGGCCUCCACCGGGCCCCGCACCGGACCCCGCACCGGGACCCGAACCGGACCCCGCACCGGGACCCGAGGAUCCCUUCCGGCCCCGGGAUAACAAAUGGCGUUACGGCUUCACCGCGGCCUGCGCCACGCUCGGCUCUCUGAUCAUGGCAGCCGGGUGCCUGUUCCCGUUACGCGCCGUGCGGAAGGUGACGCUGCUCCGGGGCGGCUCCGAGGUCACCAUCAGCACCCAUGGACCGCUGGGGCUGGGGCAGGGUCCCACCAUCACCGUCCCCCUGCGCCACGUGUGCUGCCGCUCCCACCGCUCCGAGGUGCCGGCCGCCAUCCCCCUCAAGGUGAAGGGACGUCCCUUCUUCUUCCUGAUGGACAAGGAGGGGCAGGUCUGUAACCCGCGGCUCUUCGAUGUCACCGUCGGCGCUUACCGCAACCUGUAAGCAAUGGAAACGCUGGCUACCAAUAAACCUCCAUCCGCCACG